AUGUCAAGCAACCAUUUCAAGUACAAAUACACCCCUCUCAAUCCCCAGGCUCGCGAGAUCCGUCUCCUCACAUUCUCCCCGGGUGACUACAACGAACCGCUUCACUGCCACCCCGAGAAUAUCCUGUUUCUCGACGGACACCCCUUCAACGAGACAACAAGCCUUCUCUUUGCGCUGCGGCACUUGCGUCCUCCAGUCCGAGGCAGCUCGAUAUCUGUACCCCUCUGGGUCGAUGCUGUGUGUAUCGAUCAGGGAAACUGGGGUGAGCGGAGUCAACAGGUUUCUCUGAUGCGGGAUAUCUAUGCCUCGGCUGAAAGGGUGUGGAUAUGGCUUGGUGAAGAAGGGGAUGGUAGCGAUACCACGUUUGAUGCUCUUCCUGUCAUUACGGGGCAAAUUCAUGGCCACGAUGACGAUGACGAAGAGCAAAAGCAGCACCAAUUACAUUUGACACAGCAGUGUGCUGGCCUCUUCUUUGAACUGGCCAAUCGUCGGCCGUGGUUCUCGCGAACCUGGAUCCUCCAGGAGCUGGCAGUUUGCGAACGGGAUCCAUUGGCUAUUGCGAGAGGAGUAUUUACGGAAAUUGGCAUGCUUCGUCAGAAGAUACGGGAUGAUGACGCUCAACAGACCGCAGACGAUCGCCAUAGCGAUGGAUCUGAUGACAGUUCUUCUAACACUGAAAUUCUCGCGUUGACAAAAAUCGACGUCCUAAAUGACCUCCGUCAAGCAAUGUAUGCUGAAGGUGGCGAUCAUCUCAGGAAACUGCUCUUGAUUUCAAGAAGCUCAGAGUCUACUGACCCAAGAGACCGAGUGUACGGGCUUCUCGGUCUUUUACAUGCUCAGGCUCAGGACCAUGAUAGCGACGCAGACCCAGGCGCCACAAUUACAGUUGACUACUCCAAACCAGCGGUGGCGGUUUACACAGAUGCAAUGUCUCAUAUUUUUCAUCACGGACAAGGCCCCUACUAUCUAUCCGGUGUAUACCUCCCAGGUAUUUCCGCCAUUGCUCCUCACAUCCCUGAUCUCCCAUCAGAAGUAGAGCAGCCUCGUCUUCCAUCAUAG